AUGUGUCAAGUAACACACGUGUCAUGCGUUACUGGCAGCUACCCUGAGGAUGAGGCCUACGCAGCGCAGCUGAACCAGCAAGGCCGCUGUGGUCGGUCACUGCCACAAGGUCACUGGCGCCCUGGCUGUAGCCGCAGAGUUACCCACCUGGCCUUUCUCUCUUUGUCCUUUACCCAGAUCCACAUCAGCGUUCCUAGUCCUCUGCGACUCCAGAGCCCUUCAGAGGGGAGCUAUCCAGUUUGGGAAGAUUUUAUAAACAAAGCAGGAAAACUGCAGUCCCAGCUUCGGACAACAGUAGUAGCAGCAGCUGCCUUCUUGGACGCCUUUCAGAAAGUGGCUGACAUGGCCACCAACACACGUGGCGGUACCAGGGAGAUCGGAUCGGCUCUCACCAGGAUGUGCAUGAGGCACAGAAGCAUAGAAGCCAAGCUGAGGCAGUUUUCGAGUGCUUUAAUUGAUUGUCUGAUAAAUCCACUUCAAGAGCAGAUGGAAGAGUGGAAGAAAGUGGCCAACCAGCUGGAUAAAGACCAUGCAAAAGAAUAUAAAAAAGCUCGCCAAGAAAUAAAAAAGAAGUCCUCAGAUACCCUGAAACUGCAGAAGAAAGCAAAAAAAGUGGACGCCCUGGGAAGAGGGGACGUCCAGCCUCAGUUGGACAGCGCGCUCCAAGACGUCAAUGAUAAGUACCUCCUGCUGGAGGAGACGGAGAAGCAGGCGGUGCGCAAGGCUCUGAUGGAGGAACGGGGCCGAUUCUGCGCCUUCGUCUCUAUGCUGCGGCCAGUGAUCGAAGAGGAGAUUGCAAUGCUGGGGGAGAUCACCCACCUGCAGACCAUCUCAGAAGACCUGAAGAGCCUGACCAUGGAUCCUCACAAACUGCCCUCCUCCAGCGAGCAGGUGAUCUUGGACUUGAAAGGUUCUGACUACAGUUGGUCCUAUCAGACUCCACCCUCUUCCCCCAGUGCCACCAUGUCCAGAAAGUCCAGCGUCUGCAGCAGCCUGAACAGUGUCAACAGCAGCGACUCGCGGUCCAGCGGCUCCCACUCGCAUUCUCCCAGCUCGCACUACCGCUACCGCAGCUCCAACCUGGCCCAGCAGGCGCCUGUGCGGCUGUCCAGCGUGUCCUCCCAUGACUCGGGCUUCAUUUCUCAGGACGCCUUCCAGUCCAAGUCUCCCUCCCCCAUGCCGCCAGAGGCUGCCAACCAGAACUCGUCCAGCUCGGCCUCCUCCGAAGCCUCGGAAACCUGCCAGUCAGUGAGCGAGUGCAGCUCCCCCACCUCUGUCAGCUCAGGCUCCACCAUGGGUGCCUGGGCGUCCACGGAGAAGGACUGGGCCAAGCCGGGCCCCUACGACCAGCCACUGGCCAACACCCUGCAGCGCCGAAAGGACAAGCGAGAGCCUGAAGGCGGGGCAGGCGGCCCAGCCGAGGAGACGCAGAGACCGCGCAGCAUGACCGUGUCGGCAGAGCCUGGGGAAGAGGUGGAAGCCUGCGAGGAGCUGGCACUGGCCCUGGCACGGGGCCUCCAGCUGGACGCGCAGAGGAGCAGCCGGGACUCGCUGCAGUGCUCCAGUGGGUACAGCACCCAGACCACCACGCCCUGCUGCUCUGAGGACACCAUCCCCUCCCAAGUUUCAGAUUAUGAUUAUUUCUCCGUAAGUGGGGACCAGGAGGCCGAUCAGCAGGAGUUUGAUAAAUCCUCCACCAUCCCAAGAAACAGUGACAUCAGCCAGUCCUAUCGACGCAUGUUCCAAGCCAAGCGCCCAGCCUCGACAGCCGGCCUCCCCAUCACCCUGGGACCUGCUGUGGUCACUCCAGGGGUCGCAACCAUCCGACGGACCCCUUCCACCAAGCCCUCCGUCCGCCGGGGGGUCAUUGGGGGCGGCCCCAUCCCCAUCAAGACACCAGUGAUCCCUGUCAAAACCCCGACAGUCCCAGAUCUCCCCGGGGUGCUGCCCUCACCCCCAGAUGGGCUGGGGGAGGGCACCCCAGGAAUCGCCAGCACACUUUCCUCCAGCCCCCCACUCCCGGGCCCCAAGCCCAGUGUCCCCGUCCCUGAGGAGCACAGACAGGCGAUUCCAGAGAGUGAGGCUGAGGAGCAGGAAAGGGAUCCCCCAACUGCCACCGGCUCCCCAGGGCCGAUGCCCGAGAGCGACACCACAGACCCAAGUCCGAGGGCUGCUCCCCAGGGGGAGGACAUGCUGAAUGCCAUCCGCAGGGGCGUGAAGCUGAAGAAGACCACCACCAACGACCGCUCUGCCCCUCGCUUCUCUUAGGCUCCCACUGGAGAGCGAACUCUUUAGUUAGUAAAACCCAAUUGGUCCUAAUCCAUUCCAAUCUGGCAUCAAAAAAUUUUGUAGGCAAUUCAGAAGUCAGCUCUUUUGAAAAUACUCAACAUAUUUAGAUAAGAAUUAAAAUCAAAAUAUGUAAUGACAUCAUCUUGAUCUCUUAAAUUUGUAAAUACAAUUUUCUUUCUGCAUUUUAAUCUUAGUUUCCCUUUUGAUUUUUCUGAAGGUGCCAAAUUCCAUUUAACUUUUUUACAAGUCUUUGUAAAAUUUUAAAUGCAUAGGGGGGUGGGUUGGGGCUGGGGAACCAGAGUAGUUUAUUUCAGAAAAGGAUUACUAUACUUAGUUGAUUUUUUUUCCUUCCCACCCCUGCAAGCUUUUGUAGAUGCAUUGUAGUAGUCUAGCCUAGAAGCGAAUCCGAGUUAUUUUAAUGUACAAAGUGGGUAAGGGGUAAAAGUCUUGUUUAAAUAUAUACUGUUCUGGAUGAGAAAAGCAGGACUAACAAUUGAGCAAUAUUCAGAGAAGCGAGUCUGGAGGAGGUAGACUCAGCGGGGCUGGGAGGGCGGUGGGAGGGGCGCUGUCUGCGUGACCUUUAAGAGUAGCCUAGGUUGAGUUUCUAGUAGCUUCAUGGUAAAUGCAUCCACAUAAGCCAUACUGGAGUGCAGUGUUUCAUUUCUGUAGGGCUUUUAAGGACUUUCUCCCAGAUUCCUCCGCACCGCACGCAGCACCGCACCGCCUGGAGUCCCGCAUGCUGCCGCCUCAGGGUAGAUGUAGGCCCCCACUUAGUCUACUGAGCUCACUCCUAUUGAAUCCAAACACGUCUGAGGGUAAGGCAGUUUCUAACAAUGUGGAAACUGCUAGCAGGGAAUUCUUAGAUACAGCAAAUGCCUUUUACUUACCCUGUGCCCAGCAGGCUGGGUGCAUUGAAAAGCCCAAAUAUUUUGAAAAAACUUGAGUGGAUUUAACAAGGGUCACCAGCUUGGAGUCCAGCAACUUGCUAACGUGUUUACCAACCUGGGGUCUUGUUUUUCUUCCUUAAAUAAAUGGCAUUGAACUGGCUUGAAGAGGAUUUAUUGUCACUGGGAAUCUGACCCACUAUACUGUCCCUUAUUUUAGGCAGUGGUUUUGGAAUGGAUUUGUGUCUUAAGUGAAAGUUGAAAUUGUUAUAAU